AUGAAGUAUACACGAAUGCCGAUCGAGAUUGAGUCACCGGAGGAGUAUGGUUAUGAAAGGAUCAAAUACAACCUCUCUGAGAGCUCGAUCGCCGACCAGACAUUGCAGUCUCUGGAUCUGCAAAUCCCGAACAUCAAACUCAUGUAUAAUGAGCACCAAGGUGACGCCAAGCUUCGUGAGCUGAUUGCUUCCGACGCUGGCGUAAGUCGAGAUAACGUUCUCAUUACCAACGGCGCUGCGGGGGCCCUUUUCAUCAUCGCCACCUCUCAGCUAUCAAGUAACGAUCACAUUGUUGUCGUUCGGCCAAACUACGCCACAAAUCUUGAGACACCGAGAGCAAUCGGCUGCCAGAUCAGCUUCGUUGAUCUUUCUUUUGAUUCUGGGUUUCAACCUGAUAUCGCUUUUCUCGAAUCUUGUAUCACACCCAAGACUAAGAUUGUCUCUAUUACAGUUCCCCACAACCCGACGGGUACUGUUAUUUCUGAACAGACAUUGAAUCAGCUUGUGGCUAUCACCAAGCGAAAGAACUGUUUGCUACUCGUGGAUGAGACAUACCGCGAUGUCCACUACGGCGUGCAACUUCCCGUCGCUGCAUCACUCGGUGAUCAUGUUCUUAGCGUGUGCUCGUUGUCUAAGUCAUACGGUACACCUGGAAUCAGACUUGGAUGGGUCAUCACGCAGGACAAAAAGUUGCAGGAAACGUUCCUUGCGGCUAAGGAACAAAUCAGUAUCAGCGGGAGCGUGAUCAACGAAUGGAUUGCCAGCGAACUGUUAUCGCGCAAAGAGUCACUACUGCGGUCGACGAAUGCGGAGAUGAAAAUCAGGGUUGAAAUGGUUAGGUCCUGGAUUGAGAAAGAAGAGUUUCUUGAGUGGAUUGAGCCAGCUGGCGGCGUUGUGUGUUUCCCUCGGAUCAAAAAGGAACCUAUUGGCGGCAUAGAUGCUUUCUACAACAGGCUGCUGACAAAAUAUCACGCCUACGUUGGCCCUGGGCAUUGGUUCGAAAUGCCUGACACCUUUUUCCGCCUAGGCUUUGGUUGGCCAACCAGAGAGGAACUUCUCGGGGGUAUGGAAGCUAUUUCCAAGGCGUUGAGGGAUGGUGGUGCUUGA